AUGUCUCUCCGGCGGUCCGCGCGGUUGGGCUCCAUCCCAACCGCCAAGGCACCACUACAAGCCACGGUUAAGGUGACGCGAGUACCGACCAACGGCAUCACCAAGUCUCGCAAAGCCUCCACAGGGAAGAAAGCAGCAUCAAGCGUCUCCGCGAAGCCACAAACGCAAACAGAGAAUUCCUACUGGUCCCCAGAGCCCCCCGCGGGGCCCUCGACCGACAGCUUCGAUAAGCAAACAUCUGAUAACAUCACGAACAGCAGACUUCACACACCACCACCACUAGACCGCCCAGUGGAUCCUCACCGAACAAACGCAACCCUCUUGACCCCCCACGGCUCCUCGGUAACAGCCUACCCCUCCAAAACCGAAGAUGCCUCGCCCUCAAAGACAGGAAUGCCGCGUCCGUUGGCUACAACAGGGACACUACUUGAGAAAGCCACAGCCCACCUGAUCGCCACAGAUCCACGCCUCAAGACAGUUAUAGAGCAGCAUCCAUGCCUAGUAUUCUCUCCAGCGGGUCUAGCGGAGCAAAUCAACCCAUUCAAUAGCUUGGUCAGCAGUAUCAUUGGGCAACAAGUCUCCGGCGCAGCGGCGAAGUCGAUUCGAAAUAAAUUCCUCGCGCUUUUUAAUAUCAAUGAUCCGGCGGGAAUUGCUCAUUCGCGGUUCCCUUUGCCGGAGGAGGUCGCGAAGUUCGAUCUCCCGACGCUGAGGACGGCUGGGUUGAGUCAGCGCAAGGCGGAGUAUAUACAGGGACUGGCGGAGAAAUUUGCGAGUGGGGAGUUGAGCGCAAGGAUGCUGGCGAAGGCUAGUGAUGAGGAGCUUUUGGAGAAGCUUAUUGCUGUUCGGGGGCUAGGAAAGUGGUCUGUUGAGAUGUUUGCUGUCUUUGCGCUUAAGCGGACUGAUGUCUUUUCUACGGGAGAUCUUGGGGUGCAACGCGGGUGUGCGGCAUUCGUUGGUCGAGAUGUGACUAAAUUGAAAGCCAAGGGUGGUGGUAAGUUCAAGUAUAUGGCGGAGAAAGAUAUGUUGGAAUUAGCGGCCAGAUUCUCGCCGUAUAGGAGUCUUUUCAUGUGGUACAUGUGGCGGAUCGAGAAUGUUGACAUCGCCGUCCUGGGUGGUUGA